UUACUGAGCUACCGCUGCGGCUACGACAACGACACGCUUGCAAGUGGAUCCACCAUAUAACUAAAUAUUAUAAUAUAAUGUCCUUUUUCUCUAGAUCUUCCCAACCCUCGCCUUCGAACCCGUCAUACUCCAGUGUCCCUCGUGAAUCUGUUCCAAGACCCAUAGCACGUAACCUUCCUCCACAGACUCAAUACAACGACCCUUCUCAGUCUCUCUUCGAGAAAAGAUCAUACGAUCGCAAGCCCCCUCCGUCACGUUCUGGUCCGGGCAUGAGCUACGCAGUAGUUACUACGCCGAACGAGGGUCUUGCUCUCAGAAACUGCUUGGUUGUUUGCCCUUCAGACUUUCCCAAGGAUGUGCAUGUUUUGGUACGCAAGGUAGAUCGUGAUUCUAUACAAAGGGAAUACCCCUUUACAACAUGCCAUGACACUUCUGGGACAAUCAGACCGGGUACAGUCGCCAUAGGACUCACGCAGCGCCAAUGGAUAGGUGUAUCUCUGUCAGGCGACGACGUCACCAUCGACAUGAUCCCUCAGGUACCCCCCUUUCUCCAAUCCAUCGAUAUUCAAAUCGGCUUUAUACGCAAUCGCAAUGAAAACCAAGAGCCUUACUCUGCAGAUGAGAUCUCCCGUAACUUCAUCAAGAUCUUCAGUAAUGUCGUUUUCGCCCCAGGCGAGAUACUCAUUUUCGACUUCAAAGGAGAGAAGCUCAGAAUGAUUGUUGCAUCUAUGAGCGUGGUGGACCUCCCGGAUCAGCAGAACAACUCGCGCUUCGGAAAACAGCCACAUAUGGAGAUGGGUGUCGUGAUGGACAGGACCGACGUCACCAUCAUGAAGGCAAGUGAUAGUAUGAUCAAGAUUAAAUCAAGUGCGAAGAAGGCUGCGUCGAACGCUAUCAUCGCACCCAAUUUCAAGUUCGAGGAGAUGGGUAUCGGUGGUCUUGAUGAGGAAUUCGGUGCUAUCUUCCGUCGCGCGUUUGCAUCACGCGUAUUUCCUCCAGCACUUGUCGAGAAGCUUGGAAUUCAGCAUGUGAAGGGUAUCCUUCUCCAUGGUCCACCCGGAACCGGUAAAACCCUCAUAGCACGUCAAAUUGGCAAAAUGCUGAAUGCUCGGGAGCCCAAAAUUGUCAAUGGUCCUGAGAUUCUGAACAAGUACGUUGGUGCAUCAGAAGAGAAUGUCCGGAAGCUUUUCGCGGAUGCUGAGAAAGAGUACAAGGAAAAGGGAGACGAUAGUGGCCUUCAUAUUAUUAUCUUUGACGAACUAGAUGCUAUCUUCAAACAGCGUGGUUCCACGAAUAGUGGAACAGGUGUUGGUGACAGCGUGGUCAACCAGCUUUUAUCGAAGAUGGAUGGUAUCGAUCAAUUAAACAACAUACUCGUCAUCGGCAUGACAAACCGUAUCGACAUGAUUGACGAGGCUUUGUUGCGCCCUGGGCGUCUUGAAGUACAUAUGGAAAUUUCCCUGCCGGAUGAGCAUGGACGGUUCCAAAUCCUGCGCAUUCACACUGCUAAAAUGCGGACGAACAAUGUGAUGGACGUGGACGUUGACCUGGCUGAACUUGCUGGCAUGAUGAAGAAUUAUUCGGGUGCAGAGAUUGAGGGCUUCGUGAAGAGUGCAACCAGUUUUGCCUUCAAUCGCCAUGUCAAGGUUGGCACCAUGGCAGGCAUUUCGGAAGACGUCGACAAGCUUAGAGUCAAUCGUAGUGAUUUCUUCAAGGCACUUGAGGAAAUCAAGCCAGCAUAUGGUGUGUCGGAAGAGGAACUGACGGAUGUCAUUGCGAAUGGGAUCAUUCAUCAUGACCCAAUUAUUGAGGAAAUCCUCGAUAAAGGCAAGUUAUUUGUCAACCAGGUUGCCAGGUCGACACGCACACCGCGUGUCAGUAUACUGCUCCACGGACCCCCUGCGUCAGGAAAAACUGUACUGGCUGCAUCCAUUGCUUGGGCUUCCCAAUUCCCAUUCAUCAAGCUCAUUUCACCUGACCGCAUGGUUGGAUUCUCGGAAGCCCAGAAAAUACAGUUCAUUACCAGAACAUUUACCGAUAGUUAUAAGAGUCCACUGAGUGUCAUCGUCGUUGACAACCUUGAACGACUGCUAGAUUGGACGUCGCUCGGCAGCAGGUUCUCAAAUCCUGUUUUGCAGACCCUUCUUGUUCUUAUUGCUCGCAAACCACCCAAGGACAAACGCCUACUCGUGAUAGCAACAACUUCACUGCGCCCUCUUCUGACAGAGCUUGGCCUGUCCGAUGUGUUCGAUUCUGAGUUGCGCGUGCCUCCAAUUUCCAACCUUUCAUCACUUGAACGAGUCCUACGCGAAGUGCAGCUCUUCUCUUCAGAAAACGAGCUCCGACAAACAAUGCGCAUGCUUGCAGAUGCAGGGUUCGCUGUUGACCUCAACGCGGAGGAGGAGGCGACCUUGCAUUUGCAAGUUGGCAUCAAGAAGCUUUUGAGUAUCAUCGAGAUGGCGAGGCAGGAACCCGAGAGGGCUGGAGAGAGAUUUGUGAACGCGAUCAUCAACCUGAAUUCAUAGAUUUUGGGUUGUAUACCUGUUGGAUCGAUAUCAUUCGUAGAGUACAUACAAUCUGGACAUCAUGGUGCAUCACUUUUAAA